GUAGGAAGGCAUUUGCUGGGGAUAUGAUUAAUUAGCUGUUGUAAAAUAAAGACAAGGACAUGAGUGAAUAUAGGGCUUGUAGGUCAAGAUCAAGUUGGCUGUGCUCAAAGCUGUCGCCCAGGGUGCUCCGUACGUUUCCCAAGCCUGCCAGUAGCACCAUGGAGCUCGGAGAUUGCUAUUCCAUCAGGUGUCCCGCUUCCGAUAAAACGCGCGGCUUGUACGAAAGCCCGACUGCGUCCAAGAAGAUGGGCCAUAAGGGAUCGGAAAAACCGAAAACUUGGAAGGUUAGGUCUCGGUUCCACAGGGCCAAGAAGCCCAAGACGGCCAGGAGCAGCUGGGCCAAGACCAAGGGUGAAAACACGGAGGAAGAGCCACCAACCCGCUGGAAGAUCAUCUCCCCCAACCAGUCCGAGGAUGACGCUUGGCCGAGGGACUUUUGCAGGCAGCAGGAGAAUGAGCUCCGGUGGAAGAUGUUCACGGACGCGGAGUACAUCGACUGGAAGGCCUUCAAGGACAAUGACUGCCAGGUGCCGCUCCGCUCGGUGUUCUCCUAUCUGAAGGUCCAGCUCCAUCCCGUGGCAAUUGGCAAUGCGCCGCGCAAGAAGGCGGUGCCGUCUGUGCUGGCCGAUAUGGUGAAGGGCAACCACGGCGCCUACGUCCGCAUCAAGAUCGGACAGCAGCGGUUCCAGUGCAUCCCCAGCCUGCUGAAGUGCUACUCCGUGUGGUUCGCCAACCGCGACUGGCGGAUGACCCGCUUCAAGUUCCUUGAGCGGGAGGUGCCUGCCCGCGGCUUUGCGGCGCUCUACGAUUGGAUGCGUACCGAGCAGAUGCCGGCGUUCAACGUGGCGGUGGCCACCCUCCAGGCGGCGCGCCGCCUGCGUGUCCCGCUGCUCGAGAAGGACUGCUGGCAGCUGCUGUCCACCGACGAGGUGCGCGAGAAGAGGGCCUUCCUGGUCUUUCUGGAGGCCAAGGAGCUGCCGGCGCUGGGCGAGGUCUGCGAGGCGAUGCUCGGUCGGCUGCGCAACUACUUCCUGGCGCUGGUGGGCAGCCCCGAGUAUCUGGACCUGGAGGUCAAUGUUCUGGAGGUAUUACUGCGCCAGGACGCCAUUGGCGUCAACUCAGAGAUGGAGGUGUUCUUUGCCGUGCUCCGCUGGCUGGGACAUCCGGUGGAGCCGACGCGCCUGCCGUACAUGCGCCGCCUGAUGAACUGUGUCCGCUUCAACCACAUGCCCAUGACCUUCUUGUUCAGCCUACGCGAGUCCAUCAACCGGCCGGACAAGGAUGAGCUCUUCCGGCCGGAUCCCGUGCUGCUGGCCUUCAACCGGGACCCGGAGACAAUGGCUUCGCUGGAGCAGGCCAUGUCCUUCAUCGGGGUGCGCUGCCAGUACGACGACACCGAGGAGUUCCUCGCCGUCUGCGAGGACCACAGCAUUGGCGUGGUCUUCCCGCGCCAGUGGGUCUACCACCCCAACUGUCCGUACCACCUCAGUCGUCUGAGCUUCCCGUACCAACACCGCUUCACUGUCACCGAGUUCACCGAGUACGUCACCAGCAUCCAGGAGACUUGGGCCGGCGAGGGGCCGGCGGACCACGGAAAGACCCUGGUCCUCGACAUGGUUAAGGAUCCGCUGCUGUGCAGGCAAAACGGCUGGGAUGGGUAGAUGUGAGAGCUAUGUAUACAUAGGGGUUCCAAAAAGCCUGCAUGCGAACAACAUUUUAGUUGGUUCCUUAUUUCCCGCUCGUGUCCUACCUGUUCGAGCACCCACCUAAAUUCAUGUUGAAAUCAUAUUUGUUAAAAGAAAUUAAGGUUAACAUAACUUGCUGUUAAAUUCAGGCUUAUUGUA